AUGGACCCUCCUCCAACUGCAGCAUCGAAAUCACUCCCCUCUACCAACCCCCCAAGCAUCGAGGCAGCCUAUAAGCGGAAAUGUAUCGCUCUCAAGAAGCGCCUCAACGAGGUCGAGGCCGAAAAUGAGAUCGUGCGCCUUCGAAACCGACGCGGGUGGCAAUAUAUCCAGAAGAUGCGGCUGGAGUCGUGCAUUUUACUUGAGCGCCUUGCCAAGGUUACAGGGAUGACGGAGGAAGCGGUCGCCCAGGCUCAAGUCCAAGGUCAAGCAGUUCACGGUCAUGGUGAACUUGGACAGGGUCUUUAUGCUAAUCCCGAGUUGAGGGCAAGAGCUGCAGCUAUUAUGUCUAACGCGGCACUUCUGAAUAACACCACGGCAGCUGUAACGGGAAAUGCGAAUGGUGCCAGGUACCUCGAUGAUGAGACGGAGGGCAGUUCUGAUGAGCAGCCUCCUACGCCCCAAGAACGGCCCCUCCGCGUAAAACGAUCAAAGAAAUCAAACGUCCAUCCUGACGACGACGACAUCACACAUCAUGAUCACCACGAUGACCACGAUCACAACGAUAACAGCCACAGUCACAAUAACAAUAAUAACAAUGACCAUCUAGCAGAACCAACGACUAGCAGCGGUAGUCGUCGCGCGUCUUCUUCCUCUGCAUUACCACGGCUCGCUCCCGCACCGUCUCAGGAGGAAUUGACAUCCUCCUUCCGAAUCCAGACUAAUAAUGGCCAUAAUUCUUACAAUGGCGGUUCUGUUAGCGAACAAGAUCGUCGUCAUAGCCAUCAUUCCCACAGUAGCCACCGCACCGAACCGGAGUCGGGGUUUGGAUUGGGGCCAGGACAUAUGAGUGAAUCUUCUUUUGCAGGCAUGGGGGCUAUGGAUGUAGAUUACAAGGUGAAGGAGGAGAGCUAG